AGAGAAUUGAGAGAGCGCGCGCGCGCGGUCGGUCGGUCGGUCGGUCGGUUUCGCCGUUAUAUCUGCGUGCCUCACUCGCCGGGGCAGUGGGGCGUGUACUCCUUCUCGUCAACCUGGCCCUGUCUGCUCCGUUCGGCCUCGCCGUAUAGAGGAGAAAGUGUCUCUUCCGUGUUUUUGCCUUUCUUUCGCCCUGCCACGCGCUGACCCGCUUCCACUUGCAGCUUGGGAACAACGUGUGUUUGCACGGGGGCGUCUUCCAAGGCACCCCUCCUUAAGCCGGUGUGCCCUGCCGGAUAAGAUCGUACUGGCUUUUCAACCUAACGGCGCACGACGGACUCUUACUUUGUGCGUUAGUGCGUGUGCUCCUUAGUGUUCGGUGCUGGGGCCGGCGUUUACGCUCGGCAUCACUUUUUUUUUUUCACCGACGACGUACGAUCGAGCUUGAACCCUCAGUGCGUGCGUGUGUGCACGUGUACUUCUGUGUGGGCUGUGUCCAGCGAAGUGGGUGCUCGUUCGUUCGACUGCUAACACAGUCGCCGACCGAGUUCGUCGGGGAUGUUCUGAGUGUCGCAUAGCACCGUGCGCUUGUCACAAUUGGUUCUACGGUGGGCGCUUCGUGAAACGUCGGUCAGGCGGGACUUCCAAAAGGAUCGAGUGGCGUACAGCGUCCUUCAAGAGCAGCGACGUUAUGGCUGCCGUGGUGGCGAUGGUGGGACCGCUGGUCUCCGAGUUCCUCAUGCGGGUGCUGGACCGCAUCUCGGAGCUGCUGCUGUUCGUGGCCAACCUGACCCGGCGGAGGCAGCGCGUCCAGGGGACGCGCGACCCACUGCUGCUAACUCCGGCCGUGGUGCUGGCAGACGCCAUUCGACACGGUCGGGUGACGAGCGAGGCCGUGAUCCGCGCCUACGAGCGACGCGUGCGCGAGGUGGACCCCGUGUUGAACGCCGUGGUGGACGAGCGCUUCGAGGCCGCCAUGGACGAGGCCCGGGCCGCCGACGAGCUCGUCAGGAGGAGCUCGCCGGAGGAUCUGGAGCGCACCAAACCGCUGCUCGGAGUGCCGUUUAUCACCAAGAACUCGGUCAUGAUCAAAGGUCUUGUUGUGGACGCGGGCCUUCCAGCGUGGCGGGGUGACCGCGCCGAGCGGGAUGCUGAAGCCGUGAGGCUGCUCCGGGAGGCCGGCGCCAUCCCGGUGGCCACCACCAACACGCCCGAGCUGUGCCUAUGGACCGAGUCGUUCAACAAGCUCCACGGACGCACGCACAACCCGCACGACAUUCGCCGCACGGCCGGGGGAAGCAGCGUGCAGGGGGCGAAGGCAGUCCUGCUCUCUGCAGCGGGCGCUCUCUUGGGCAUCGGCACCGACAUUGGCGGCAGCAUACGAAUCCCGUCCACCUACUGCGGUACCUUCGGCCACAUGACAACACCUGGCAUCCUGUCCUAUGACGGCCACCGGCACCCCUUCAACGACGAGUUCAUGAAGCUGUACUCGACGGGACCUAUGACUCGCUACGCCUGCGACCUGCUGGUUAUGCUCAAGGUCAUGCUUACACCCGAGCAACUGGCGCGUAUGCAGCUCGACAAAAAGGUCGAUCUGAGCGAGAUCAAAGUGUUCUACGCGGAUGACGAAGGGUGCAGCUUCUUCAGCCGCGUCCACCCCGACAUGCGCGAGGCAGUGCGGAAGGCGGCCAGCCACUUGAAGGAGCAGUGCGGCAUCCGCGUGGAGCCCAUCAAGCUGGAGGCCCUCUCGUGCGGCUUCGAGAUGUGGCUGUCGAAGUUCAGCGACAGCAAGUGCGAGCCAGCGUCGCGCCUCUUCACCAACGCUGACGGCCGCCGUAUCACCCCCUUUGUCGAGACACUACGGAUCCUCUUCGGAAGAUCAGUGCACACGUUUCCGGCCGUCUUGGUCACCAUAAUCGAACGCAUGAUGCCGAAGCCCGACUCCGGCUACGUGCUCCACUACCUGGCCAUGGCGAGGGACUUCAGGGAGCGCCUUCUCUCCACCCUGGGCGAGGACGGCGUACUCAUUUGCCCCGCGGCGCUGGGACCGGCACCGUUCCACAACGAGCACGCCAUGCGGCCGGGACACGUGUCGCUCACGGCACCGGCAAACGUGGCUGGCAUGCCCAGCACGGCCGUCCCGACGGGAAUGACUUCGGACGGCCGGCCAGUCGGGAUGCAAGUGGUCGCGGCGCCCUACAUGGACAGGCUGUGCCUCGCGGUAGCGGCCGAACUCGAGAAGGCGUUCGGAGGCUGGCAGGCGCCUUUCGAGCUUGCCUGCCGGAAUGCAAAAUUGUAGAGGAGAUUGCAGCAAAUCGACCGGCAGCUGCCCCUUCUGCCAUCGAGAUGGUGG